AUGGAUCUGCAUCACUUGAGCUUAGCUGCUCGAGCAGACGGGACCGAUACCUUCCUCGAUCUAAUCGCGAAUCCGUUUCGUUCUGCAGUAAGUCGAAAUCCCAUGCGACACAGGGGAAACCCAGUAUGGUGCGCUAACGAGACAAAGUUCACAGUCACCGCCAUUUGGGCCUCACUGGGAACCUCAGUGGGUGUCACAAUCCUUCUCGCCCUCCUCUUUUCCCUCAUCCGACCCCGUCAUUCGCUGGUGUACGCCCCCAAAGUCAAGCAUGCGGACCUCAGACAUGCUCCUCCCCCGGUGGGUAAGGGUAUGUUUGCCUGGCUCAAACCUGUGAUUCAGACCCGGGAGGCCCAGCUCGUGGAGACCGUUGGCCUGGAUGCUGCGAUUUUCCUGCGAUUCGUCAAGAUGUGUCGCAACAUCUUCAUAUUUCUGAGUAUCAUUGGAUGUGCUGUUAUGAUACCGGUCAAUAUCACCCAAAGCGCGAGUCCUAGCGACACAUCGGAGUCUUCCACCUUUAACCUGAUGACCCCACUCAACAUCACCAACCCCACAGCUAUUUGGAGUCAAGUUGUCUGCGCCUGGGCUUUUGAUAUUAUCAUCGCGUUCUUUUUGUGGAGGAAUUACCGGGCGGUGCGGACCCUGCGAAGGCAGUACUUCCAGAGCUCCGAAUACCAACGAAGUCUGCAUGCACGGACUUUGAUGAUCACCGAUAUUCCCCCUGCAGAUCGCACCGACGAAGGCAUCUUGCGACUCACCGACAAAGUCAACCCCACGGCUGCUCUUCCGCGAGCUUCGAUUGGUCGCAACGUGAGAGAUUUACCAAAGAUCAUCGAAGAGCAUGAGGAGGUUGUACGAGAACUGGAGUCCGUACUCGCAAAAUAUCUCAAGAAUCCUGACCGACUACCCGCGAAGAGACCCAAGACCCGCCCUCCUCGCUCACAGCGAAGCAAGCACCCCGGUGGCAAAGUGGAUGCAAUUGAUUACUUGACCGUUCGGAUUCGAGUGCUGGAAGAAGAAAUCAAGCAUGGACGGGCGUCUAUCGAUCGCCGAAAUGCCAUGCCCUACGGAUUUGCCAGCUGGGAGAACAUCGAGCACGCCCAUGCUGUGGCAUGGAACUCUCGCCGCAAAAGCCCCCAGGGCACUACUAUCGCCCUUGCGCCGCGACCCAGUGACCUGAUUUGGGAAAACCUACCACUGACAAAGUCCGCUCGGAAAUGGAAGCGCUUUGUCAACUUUAUCUGGGUCACUUGUCUGACACUUGUCUGGAUCGCGCCUAACGGUCUGAUUGCCGUUUUCUUGUCCAACUUGUCAAACCUAGGUCUGGUGUGGCCUGCAUUUCAGACUUCGUUGGAAGCCAACCCGAACGUUUGGGCUGCUGUUCAGGGUAUUGCCUCGCCUGCACUCACCUCACUGGUGUAUCUUCUACUUCCAAUCAUCUUCCGCCGACUCUCCAUUCAAGGUGGCAGCAAAACCAAGACAUCUCGAGAGCGUCAUGUUUUGGGACAUCUAUAUGCCUUCUUUGUUUUCAACAACCUGAUCGUCUUUUCGCUUUUCUCUGCUGCUUGGGGUUUCGUGACUAUUGUCGUAGACAAGACCAACAACCAUGAGAGUGCUUGGCAGGCCAUUGUGGAAAGUCAGCUUUACAGCAAGUUGGUGAGUGCUCUGUGCACCGUGUCGCCCUUCUGGGUGACCUAUCUCCUCCAGCGCAACCUGGGUGCUGCCAUUGAUCUCGCGCAACUUGUGACCAUGGCCUGGGUCUGGUUUGCUAAGACGUUCCUUUCGCCAACCCCACGACAAUCGAUCGAAUGGACCGCGCCACCUGCAUUCGACUAUGCCAGCUAUUACAACUACUUCUUGUUCUAUGCCACAGUGGCGUUCUGCUUCGCUACUCUUCAGCCGAUUGUGUUGCCCGUGACAGCACUGUAUUUCGGUGUCGAUGCCAUUCUGAAGAAGUACCUGUUGAUGUACGUGUUUGUUACCAAGAACGAGUCUGGUGGCAUGUACUGGCGGGUACUAUUCAAUCGUAUUAUCUUCGCAACUAUCCUCGCCAAUUUCAUCAUCGCUUUGGUCGCCAAAUCUCGCGGUACCUGGACGAUGGUGUUCUGGGUUGUUCCUCUGCCUUUCUUGAUGAUCGGGUUCAAGAUCUAUUGCAUGAAGACUUUCGAUUCCGACUGCGAGUUCUAUAACCGCGCAAACUUGAACGACGCAGAGGCCUUGGGCGCACAAAAGACCGACAAGAAGGCCGCUGAACGAUUGAAUUCAAAAUUCGGUCAUCCCGCUCUGUACAAACCCCUCUUGACACCCAUGGUGCAUGCCAAGGCUGCCGAGGCAUUGAAGCAGAUCUACCAAGGCCGUCUUGAUCACGGAGACAUGGCCGGCGAAUACUCAGAUGUCGCCAUGAACCCAAUGCUUCCAUCUCAACCUGGCAAGUCGUCUACUGAACCAUCGCCCUUCGAGGUCGUUCCGGAAAACCACCUAGACUUCUCGUAUUACAAGAAUCGUGCAGACUUCCGAGACGAAUUUGGUGGCGGCAUCUAUGGCCGACCGGAAGACUUGAUGACAGAGCGCUCUCACACUCCCCGCAGCCACUUGGGAGGCGAGUGGUCACCAAGCUCAUCACGCGCUUCCUCGCCCGCACCCUCACUGCCGUCAAUUGCGCCUCUGAGGAUCCCUGAAACCUCCGAGCAUUCGGACCCCACCGGACUCGUCCACCCUGCCUUCAGGGUGCCGUUAUCCCGAGGCGACAGUGGCACCUCGGUUCCGGGGGCUUACUACCACGGAGACGAGGCCGAGUCCGGCCUUCUCAGUCAUGCCCAGGUUCCUGCGCAGACGGAGAUGGCUAACCCGAUCGAUCGCUGGCGUACCCGUGGCUACGGUCCCGUCGAUCAAGACGACCAGGAGCCCUCUUUCACAUCCUACGAGGCAUAUCGCGCACAGCGGUGA